CAAUGCCUCGUGUCGUAUAUAAAAGUUCAGAGAAGACACGUUUGAAAAAAUCUGUGUCAAUAAUGAAACGGAACGACACGACCGCGCGCAUUGCGCACGUCUUCAGGGGAACAUUUGUGCACUCCACACCGAGAGCUGCGGUUGGGAUACUGCAGAACUGUCUUAGGAGUCGACGAUGAGGGCAAGAUUGCAUUUAUUGAAAAAGAUCAAGAUGUGGUCAGUCUUUCAAAAUUGUGGGGGUUUGAAAUUUCGACAUAAAACAGUUUGGACAAUAUAUAGCUAUACUGGCAUCGCCUUAGACCUGCCUCUGCUGGAGUGGCUCAACACUUACACUUUCCCUGUGGAAGCCAAGUAUAAAGACUUGGAAUUUGCCAAUAAUGUCUACACUAAAGUUGUGAGAAGAACCGUAAAGAAUGGCCCCACUACUGCUUGUUAUUUUGCCACAAUACACACUGAUGCCUCUCUUCUGCUUGGAGAGCUUGCAGAUAAGUUCGGACAAAGAGCUUUAGUUGGUAAAGUUUGCAUGGACUCCAAUUCUGCAGUUCCACAGUACAAAGAAAGUCCAAGCGAAUGUAAAGAGGAGACAGAUCGUUUCAUCAAAGAGCUUCUCAAAAAGGAGUACCCGAAAGUUAAGCCUGUGGUUACUCCUCGAUUCGCUCCCUCCUGUUCCUCCUCACUGCUCAGUGAAUUGGGUGAAAUCACCAACAACAACAAGCUUCACAUUCAGGCCCCGAUCAGACAGAACGCGUUUUUCAGGUUUGAAAACACGAGGUGCACCACACUGCCUUUUUUUAGGUUGACUGUUUUUAAUUAAAAAAAUUAUUAAAUUGUUGUCUUCUGUUUACUAGUUGUGUUGAUUAUGGAAAAAAUGUGACAAUAUAUUUUAUAUUAAUCAACAACAAAUUGACAAUAAAAAUGCUUUAUGAUAUUACUG